GAUCCGGAGCUGCCAAGUGUGGUGAAGUCGUACCAUCUGGAUUCAAGGAAAUGAUCUGGAGUCCGUGACUCAUCACCACUUUUUUGAGAGGACAAGAAACGAAAAUGAUGGAAUGCCUUUGUGCUGGUUUUGGACACGCUUAGGAAUGUGAUGCAUUUUUUCUCUACUGUGUAGAAUGGUUGUGGGUUUUGUUGCUGUGACAGGUUUGUUGGUGAUGAGAUGAGAACAGUUGCCUCAGUACACAACUGAGAUGUUAUUUUUGCCACCUGGGGAGGGAUGUCUAUCUGGGAAACAUCACAGCUCUGCGUUUGUGUCCCCAGGAGCGAUGGAUGCCAGGCUCUGUAGCUCCGCUGCACCGCAAAGGGGAACACCCAGUGCAGAGUGAGUAAAAGAAACACUGAUGAAUCUAAUUUUACAUGGUUGGUUGGUGGGUUGGUUUUUUUUUUUUGCUCUGUGAAAAUCACCUCAAUUGAAAUACAAGCCUCCGUAACAAAUAAACAGCAAUUGCAUAAUAGGAAAGAUUUUCCUUGCCUGCUUUUUUUUAAGGUAAUUACUCCUAUAUGACUGCUUUUAUCCUUAUGUCAGUCCCCUCCUGAUGUAUUCUGAAUCUGCUCUUCGCUUUCAGUCACGUUUUGAAGAGAGGUAAAUAAUUGCAGUGUUCUGAUUUCACGGAAACUGAUGUCAGAGGUGGCAGAAAGGGACCCAAAUUAGUGAGAAAAAGGCAAAGUGUUGGUUGCUUCCAUAUGAUGUGGUAGUAGCACUUCAGAGGGACAGCACGUGCAUUGCUCUGGGCCUCCUGCAACAAGCUGCCCCUGCUGGAGCACUGACAGCAGACGUGGGGACAGGAGGGCUUUGUGGGUUACACAGGGGGCUGUUGGCUGAGUCCAUUGAAAGAAAGUGCUGUUAUGUGAGGUCGUAUGAGUAAAAGCAACCUUUAACAGCCCAACUUGUGCUGUUUGCUUGGAAAGCACGUUUGUUUUUUCCUCUUCUUGGAGCAGGUAGCACCGAGUAGUGCAUUUUUAAGUAAGCUGUUACACCCUUCUGUCGUUGAUGAACUUAACUGAGCAGACCAAGGGCAGAUUCAGGGCAGAGAAGACGUGUGCUGUGCUGCUACCCAGCAGUAUCAGCAGAACCAGCACAGAGGCUGUCCGUUCCCCGUGCAGAUCCUACUGCUGGAUCACUUCUGUUGCUAAAAAAACAAAAUCCCCUAAAAGCACAAAAGCAGAAAAUGCAUUUCGAAAGGACUCUUUCUUCCGAACUAAUGGUUACUUACAGUGUUUUAAAGGAUAAUGAGAAAGGAAACUUUUUUUUUUAAGAGCACAUUCAAAAACUGCAGGCUUGCAGCUGCCCUUGACAGAAAUUUCAUCUAAAAAUAAUUUUCCAAACUGUGCUUCCAAGAACCGAAAAUUUGCAUCUGUCAGAACUCCAAAUUUUCCCUCUUUUACAUUUCUUCUUUUUUUUUUUUUAAUUUUUUUUUCAGCCUAGGAGGGCUGAGAGAGCGAUGUGGGAUCUGUUAACGUUCAUCUUUGCUAGUGGAGACCUCCCAAUGCAGAAUGCAGCCUAUUUCCCAGCUGCUGGUGCUCCUUUGGUGCCCUUAGCUCCGGUGUCUUUAUAAGCCAUAUGUCUGCACGCAGCGGUGAGCAAAGAGGACGUGGUGCUCUCCCCCAUUUGAUGCUCAGAGCCACAGCAUCUCAUCUUGCUGCCUUUCUGCAGGCGAUAAGUCAGACCACGAGCAGCUGGUCCUUCAAGUUUGCUCUGUUCUGCAGUAAACCAAGGGAAGGCCUGCCCCAAAAAACAGCCUCCCCAGCCUGGCUGCUUGUACAACCAGAUGUCUGCCUUUUAGUCAUCGCUAUCCUCCAGGAGGGAUUAAUUCUCAAUCGCAACAAGAACUGCUUUUGCCACCCAGGCAGCGCUCACCACAAACGCAGGGCAGCAGCUCCCGAGCCUUCCAGCCCUGUUUGCUUUCCGGGCGUGAGCGCCAAACGGGGCAGACUGGAAAGAUGAGUAAUGCCACCCGUGCUUGGCCCUCUCCCGCGGCACCCAGCUCCCCAGGGCCGGGCACGGCUGCCAGGCUGGCCUCUGCCACCCCAUCCCCAGCCCUCACCCUGCUCACAGCUGCCCACAACAACUCCCAGGAUGGCCAGCAGCUCUUCCUGACCACGACGACAGCACGGGUCAUCUCCGGCGUCUUCGUGUGGUCGGCGCUCAUCGUCACCUUCCACCAGAUCUACAUGCACCUGAGGAACUACACCAUCCCCAAGGAGCAGCGCUACAUCAUCCGCAUCCUUUUCAUCGUGCCCAUCUAUGCCUUCGACUCAUGGCUCAGCCUCCUGCUCCUCGGCAGCCACCAGUACUAUGUCUACUUCGACUCGGUGCGCGACUGCUAUGAGGCCUUUGUGAUUUACAGCUUCCUGAGCCUGUGCUUUGAGUACCUCGGUGGGGAGAGCACCAUCAUGACUGAGAUCCGAGGGAAACCCAUUGCGUCUAGCUGCUUGUAUGGGACCUGCUGCCUACAGGGCAUGUCCUACUCUAUUGGGUUCCUGCGCUUCUGCAAGCAGGCCACGCUUCAGUUCUGCAUUGUGAAACCCCUCAUGGCGAUUGUCACCAUCAUCCUGCAGGCAUUCGGGAAGUACCACGACGGGGACUUCAAUGUCCGAAGCGGCUAUCUCUACAUCACCAUCAUCUACAACUUCUCUGUCAGCCUGGCUCUUUAUGCCCUCUUCCUCUUCUACUUCGCCACCAUGGACCUGCUGCGCCCUUUUGAGCCGGUCCUCAAGUUCCUCACCAUCAAGGCUGUCAUCUUCCUCUCCUUCUGGCAAGGGACACUGCUGGCAAUCCUGGAGAAAUGCGGGGUGAUCCCCGAAGUUCAGAUCAUCGACGGGAAGGAGGUGGGAGCUGGGACAGUGGCUGCUGGCUACCAGAACUUCAUCAUCUGCAUUGAGAUGCUCUUUGCUUCCAUUGCCCUGCGCUACGCUUUUAGCUGCCGGGUGUACAGAGAGAAGAAAGAAAACUCAACAGCAAACCUUGCCCCGAUGCAGAGCAUCUCAAGCGGGCUGAAGGAGACGAUGAGCCCUCAGGACAUCGUGCAGGAUGCCAUCCACAACUUCUCGCCCACCUACCAGCAGUACACCCAGCAGGCCAUGCAGGAGGCAGAGCACAAGGCGCCGGGCGAGAACGGGCACGUGGCCUGCAGGGCAGAGGGAGCAGGAGGCAGGAAGAGCAAAAACAUCGAGAAGAGAGUGCUGAUCCUGUCGGACGAGGAGCUGUAGGAGAUAUCCGAGGGCACAGAGACUCUGGAGAGGCUGAAAUGCAAGGACGGGGGGACUCAAGGCUGUGACAACCUGGUCAUGUAGGCAUGCUGGAAGGAGGAGAGCCGGGAACUCUACUCGUAAAGCCAGUCCCUAAAAGGGAAGAUGCAAUAACCAGGGGAAGGUUAAAAUAGUGCCAGCUUCUGACUCGUCUCCGAGGUGUUAGGGACUGUGCUCUUUGCUUCACUGCCAAUCUGGGUGCCAGCCCUCAGUGCCGUUGGACAGACUGGCCUCCUCACCCUCCUGUUACCUGCAAACAGCACCGAGGCCUGCCAGAAUUGCUUUUCUCAGCACAGUCCUGCUCUACUUUCUCCUGAUUCGGGUAAAAAAAUGAUCUCCAGGGCCCCACGGAGAAAAGCAGUGCAGGAAGGUGACUUCACUUCACCUCAAAACCUGGUAACAUUUGAAAGACAUCAUGCCUUAUUUUUAUGUUUUCCUCUCUCCUUCCCCUCAAAAAGCCCACAGAGUUGUGCAGGAGCCCUUUACCAGGAGGAAGAGCAACUCAUCCUCCUCUGCCUUCAGAUGGGGAUGCAGCUGAUCUCCUGGGAUCAGCAGUGGGACCCCUCCUGAACCUCACCGCGCAGUCCUGCAGCUGCAUUCCUGUAAGCUGCAGUGACAGAGGAGCUUGUUUACGUCUGAACCCAUUUAUCUGCAAGCGGAUCAGGAGUUAAAAGGGAUUCCAGCUUUCUUAUCAGAGCCAUUAUUAGGGAACCAGACUGUGACUGGUGGUGGUAGGAAUGCACCGACCGGGAACUGUCUGUUCCUCCUAACUCCUCUCCAUCCCCUGUCCCUGCAUGCAAGAGGCAAGUGCUGCAAGACCAGAAUCAGCAGACGCUGGAGGCCCUGGGGAGCUCAGCAGCAUGAGGGCUGUGUGAGCCAUUACCCAGAGCACCACAGCAUCCCACAAACCCAUCACCCUGCCGGGGCUCUGAGAAGGUACGCAGGGCUGAGCCUGACAGAUUUUCUCUGUCUUUCUGUUAAACUUCCUCUCCAAUUUUAUUUUCUCCUAUUUCUGUUCCCCUGCUGUUAAUCAGAUGAUCCCUUUGGGAACUUAUUUGGGCACGGGCUGUCUGUAGGUUGGGGUGGGAGCUGGGCAGCAGAAGGACAGGGGCAAGUCUGGAGCCUUUGAUUUGCAGUCACACGACAAACAAACUCAUGGGUGAGGCUUAUAGCUGUUUUACAGCUCCUAGUGUUGUUUUAUUCCCUGCUCUUGAGCUGCAAAGUGUGAAUUGCAAGAGGAAAUUAUUUAUGAUUUUUUUUUUCUAAUAAACAGCAAUUUCUACCA